AUGGAGCUCACUGAGCUGGCUUCUGCUCUCUCUAUUCCUCCAUCAAAGGUUGAAGCUUUUGAUCUCUUCUUGACCACUCUAGUUUUCUUAGUGUUUUUCGCCAAAACACAAGAUCCUUCCGGAGCCAUAAAGCAUCUACUCACGCUGGUAUCCUAUCUCUUGGUUAAAGCUGAAACAUUGAGCAACACCCCUUUCCUUAACUCGCUCCUAGACCUAAUCAUGCAUGACUCUUCACCUGUCCUGAGUUCAUGGUUUAGGAGCUCAAAGGAGAUUCCUUUUGAGUUUUAUUUUGGUAAUCGGUUGGGGGAUGUGGCUGAUGAGAAGCUGGAGUUUAACAAGAUGUUCAAUGAUGGUAUUGCUAGUGAUUUGGUGCUUGUUGGUGAUAUUGUCAUGAUGACUUGCAGGGACGUGUUUAAGGAGUUGAAGUCAUUGGUUGAAGUUGGUGGAGGGACUGGAACUAUGGCAAGAACUAUAGCUCAUGUUUUCCCUGAGAUUAAGUGCAUUGUUCUUGAUCUACCUCAUGAGAUUAAUACUGUGAAGGAAGACAUUUGUCUUGUUGAGUAUGUUGGUGGUGAUGUGUUUGUCUCUGUUCCUCUUGCCAAUGCCACUCUCUUGAUGGAUAAUUUCUAA